GCCGUACGUACAGCUCCGCACUGUUCUCUGGUCCUCCGACCGGCACGUCGCCCUCUUGCUGCCCGAAUCUCCAUCAUCUCCUCUGGUCUCCCGGAGAUUUCCAGGCUCCUGGUCCGUAUCUGAUCUCGUGCAGCCAUGCCUAGCAAGAGAAAGAAGAACAAGCGCCGCAUGAGGAGAGUGCAGGCACAGAGGCGCGCACUGGAGGAACAGUAUGCUGCUACAGCUAAAGGAACCCCUGCGCUCAGGGCCGUGUCUGCCCCGGGGGCACCGCCGGCCAAACCAGCCAAGGCGUCCAAGGCACCGGCCCCUGCCCCCAAGCCAAAGAUCAUCGAGGUCGUCGCCCCUCCUGCUGUUCUCGUCAAAGACGUUCCAGUGGAACCCCCAGUGCUUGUGCCCAUAGUCCCAGAGGUGUCCGCCUGUCCCCCGGUUGAAGCCCCUGCACCUGAGCCAGUUGCAGUUCCAGAACCCGCCCCUGUAGAACCAGAACCCGUCAAAGAACCAGAACCAGUCAUUGAACCAGAACUAGAACCAGAACCUGUUGCCGUGGCACCAGAACCAGAACCUGUUGCCGUGGCACCAGAACCAGUCAGUGAACCAGAACCAGUUGCGGUGGCACCAGAACCAGUCAUUGAACCAGAACCAGAAGCAGUUGCCGUGGUGCUGGAACCCGUGUGUGAACCAGAGCCAGAGGUGGAACCAGUUGCCGUGAUUCCAGAGCCAGUCGAGGCUGAACCAGAAGUGGUUCAGGAGCCCGAAGUGGUGGAAACGCCUGAACCAGUUCCUGCUCCCGUUGUUGAGGAAGUGGCGGUUGUCGAAGAAGUUCCUGUGGCGGCAUUACCCGAAGAAGCUCCAGUUGUGCUGGAGGACUCCCCUAUUCCAGCUCCAGAAGUAGAGGUGGAGACGCUAGCUGCUCCAUGUGAGGUGCCCAUUGUCCAGGAGACCAUAGAGACGGCAGAGACUGUAGAAGUGGUGGCAUGCGAGCUUACCCCUGAAGCACCAGAAGAGAUUGCACCUGAACCCAUAGUUGAAGAACAAGAGCAGGCCGCAUCGGAGCCUGUCGCUGAAGUGUUACCUGUCGCUGAACCUGCACCUGAGCCUGCGGAUGAAGCCCAAACCAUUUCAGAAGAGCCAGUCGAAGAAGCCUCGGCUGACCUGGAAACGGUAGAAGCCGUGGCCGUGCCCGAGCUGGAGUCGGCUGAAGACACGACCGAAGCUGUGACCGUGGAGGCUGUCGAAGACGCGGCGACCACAGAACUUGCUGCCGAGACUGAGAGCGAACAAGUCGAGGCGGAAGAAGCGGCGGUGGAGCCUUCAAGCGAAGAGCCCGUAGCGGAGGUCCGGACGGAAGAGCCAGCAGCGGCAGCCGAGCCUGCGGGAGCGGAGCAGCUUCCUGAGGAGACCCCUGUUGUCCCAGAACCAGAGGUGCCCCAGGAUGUGCCUGCCCAGAUUGAGGAGGCUGUUGCGGCUGAGAUCGCCCCCGUCGCUGUGGUGGAAGCUGAGGCGGCCCCUGUUGAGCCUGUCCCUGACACCAUGGCUGAGGACUUUGUUGUGACCGAAUCGGCUGUUGCUGUGGAGGCCGCCAUGUCUGUACCUGCUGACCCUGAGGAACCUAUUCCUGUUAGCACAGUUGAGGAGACUGUGGUUGUACCAGAGAAGUUGGAGGUAGAGCCUAUUGCUGAACCCAUCCCUGUGUCAACACCUGAAGUCAUCAAGGCUAAAGAGGAAAUUGUGACUGAAGUGGAAAUUGAAACCAAGACGGUAGUGGAGGCCAUAAAUGGACACAUAGCAGAAGUCGCUAUUGAGAGCUAAACAUGAUGUGGUGUGCGCAAUGGACUAAAAUAUCUACAUUCAAAGUGCCUUUUCAUGUGUGGGCUCUCAUAAAAAUCUCUUGGAUGUGGAGAGGGGAUUCAGACAGAUGUCAUGAUUUUCAUGUGAAUACUGGCUCUCUUUAAUUGGCGUCCUCCUCCUCAUGCAUAUUUGCAGACACUGCGAAAAUGCAUACUUGGAGCUGUCGGUUGGUGAAAUAUCACAGUUUAUAUGUUCAUAUUUGGACCAUUUUUGUAUUGAAACAGUUUUUUUUUUAUUUGCCUUAUCUUUUCCUUUGACCUUUUUUUUUUUGUAAAAAACAGUUUGGACUGUAGAGCUGCCUCCGAAAGGCUCCCGUUUACUAUUUCAAAUGGUGCCUUUUUCCUUAAGUUUGAAUGGAUUUCAAGAGAGGAGCCCUUUGGUGUGUAUGUAUGUAUAUGUGCUGUGCGCCACUCGUCAUGUCUGCGAGUGUCCUGCAUCAGUGCUUACUACUGGAGAAACUGCAUCCAUUCUCCGGAGCCAGGGCUGGAGAGGGUCGGACUGUCGGGCCACACGUGUUGUCUACUCCUCCUGCCUUUUGUAAACAAGUCUAUUUGGUACAAGAUGGCUGCUGGAAGCCAUGGUCCACAACAGACAGAGCUGUAAUGGUUCUUUCGCUCUCAUUAAAAAAACAGAUCUCACCUUGA